AUGAGCGAAAUCACCCACCCCACCAUCAAAGAUGGAUGGUUCUCCGAAAUUUCUGACAUGUGGCCCGGUCAAGCCAUGAAUCUCCGGGUUAACCAGAUCCUGCACCACGAGAAGUCCAAGUAUCAAGAUGUGCUGGUCUUCGAGAGCAGUGACCACGGCACUGUCUUGGUUUUGGAUAAUGUUAUUCAAUGCACUGAGCGGGACGAGUUUUCGUACCAGGAGAUGAUCACCCAUCUGGCCAUGAACUCUCACCCUAACCCCAAGAAAGUCCUCGUUAUCGGCGGAGGAGACGGUGGUGUUCUCCGAGAGAUCGUCAAGCACGACACCGUCGAGGAAGCUGUGCUCUGUGACAUCGAUGAGGCCGUUAUCCGAGUCUCCAAGAAAUACCUUCCAGGAAUGAGCGUUGGAUUCCAGCACCCCAACGCCACAGUCCACGUCGGUGACGGAUUCAAAUUCCUCGAGGAACAGAAGAACCAGUUCGACGUCAUUAUUACCGAUAGCUCCGACCCAGAUGGCCCAGCUGAGGUCUUGUUCCAGAAGCCAUAUUUCGAGCUUCUACAUGGCGCUCUUCGCGAAGGAGGUGUCAUUAGCACUCAAGGUUCUGAAAACCAAUGGCUUCAUCUCUCCAUGAUCACCAAACUGAAGAAACUCAUGCGUGAAGUCUUCCCCGUCGUCGAAUACGCCUACACCACCAUCCCCACUUACCCAUCCGGCCAAAUUGGCUUCCUCGUCGCUUGCAAGGAUUCAGAACGCAAUGUUCGUGAGCCAGUGCGCUCUUGGUCCAGAGAAGAGGAGGAUAAACUUUGCAGAUAUUAUAACCAGGAUAUCCACCGGGCGAGCUUCGUUCUUCCCAACUUCGCCAGAAAGGCCCUCGAGUAG